AUGACUGUCUGCAGCGCAUGCAACAAGACAAUUAAAUCGGCUGACAAGAUCAUUUGUUCCCGCAAGACAUGCUCCAGUCACUAUCACCUGUGUGUGAACCUUACCCAAGAAAAUGACAAAAAACAAACGGCGUGGACAUGCCCCCUUUGUAACAAUGUUCGCCCUAAGGACACAAGGGACAAUAGUAAAACUCCAGUGAAAGCUCUGAGCCCAGUUGAGCUUCCUACUCAACACCAUGCCAGCGAUGAAGCCAGCACUAACGUUACGUUUCGGAAGCCCACUAGCACAUCUGGGCAAGAAUACAACCAAAAUCAAGAACUCCGAAACGACAUUCGAGCAAUCAUUAAGGAGAAACUAAAUUACACUUUACGUGCCCUGAUAAGCACUGAAUUCCAAACGAUUAGCGGCUUGGAGACAUCUGUCAGCUUUGUGAGUUCACAAUAUGAAGAUCUGACGAAGUUGAUGAUGAGUAACUCAAUGAGCUUAAAUUCGUUGAAGGAUGAAAAUAGCGUUCUGCGUGGCAACUUAACAGCACGUCAUCAACAAUGGGUCCGUCUACAAAAUGUAGAAAUAAUAGAUGUUCCCGAUGAUGCUGAAGACGACACAGCUAAUAUCGUGUUGAGCAUUGCGAAACACAUCGGUGUUGACGUAGCUACAAAUGAUUUGGAGUUCGAUCAUCGAGUUUAA